CGCCCCCUCCUCCCAGUCCGGCACGGCUGUCUCCAAGCCGGGCAACAUGGCGGCUUCCGUGGCUUUCGAUCGGAGCUUCACCGAGCUGACAGGGGCCGAGCGGGAAAUCAGGAGGAACUUCCGGGAUCUUACCAUCCACCCCGGUAUGGAGGGGACUGGGGGGCCCCCGGGGGCCACUGCGGGAAUCCUCAGCCUGCUAACCCGGGGUUAACAUGUGUCAGGGGCCCAGGGCCCGGGAGAGGCUGCUUCACCCCUCAAACCCCGGUUACCAUGGAUACCACGUGGGCAGAUCGGUUACCAUGGAUACCACGUGGGCAGGUAACCCCAGGGGGUCAGUCUGUGUUAAGGUGAAUUAUGGUAUGAGCAGGUUACCCCCCUCUGCCAGGGGUCAGUGCCUUGUGUUAGAUGGAUAUAGGCCUUGGAAGCAGGUUACCCCCCCCUCUGGGGUCAGUCUAUGUUAGAUAGGGAUAUAGGCCUUAGGCAAGGGAUUUACCCUCUAGGGUCAGUCUGUGUUAGAUGGAUAUGGUAUGAGCAGGUUACCCCUCUGGGGUCAGUCUGUGUUAGAUGGAUAGGCCUUGAGCAGGUUACCCCUCUGGGAUGUUCAGUCUAUGUUAGAUGGAUAUGGUAUGAGCAGGUUACCCUCUGGGGUCAGUCUGUGUUAGAUGGAUAUGGUAUGAGCAGGUUACCCUCUGGGGUCAGUCUGUGUUAGAUGGAUAUGGUAUGAGCAGGUUACCCUCUGGGGUCAGUCUGUGUUAGAUGGAUAUGGUAUGAGCAGGUUACCCCUCUGGGGUCAGUCUGUGUUAGAUGGAUAUGGUAUGAGCAGGUUACCCUCUGGGGUCAGUCUGUGUUAGAUGGAUAUGGUAUGAGCAGGUUACCCCUCUGGGGUCAGUCUGUGUUAGAUGGAUAUGGUAUGAGCAGGUUACCCCUCUGGGGUCAGUCUGUGUUAGAUGGAUAUGGUAUGAGCAGGUUACCCCUCUGGGGUCAGUCUGUGUUAGAUGGAUAUGGUAUGAGCAGGUUACCCUCUGGGGUCAGUCUGUGUUAGAUGGAUAUGGUAUGAGCAGGUUACCCCUCUGGGGUCAGUCUGUGUUAGAUGGAUAUGGUAUGAGCAGGUUACCCCUCUGGGGUCAGUCUGUGUUAGAUGGAUAUGGUAUGAGCAGGUUACCCUCUGGGGUCAGUCUGUGUUAGAUGGAUAUGGUAUGAGCAGGUUACCCUCUGGGGUCAGUCUGUGUUAGAUGGAUAUGGUAUGAGCAGGUUACCCCUCUGGGGUCAGUCUGUGUUAGAUGGAUAUGGUAUGAGCAGGUUACCCCUCUGGGGUCAGUCUGUGUUAGAUGGAUAUGGUAUGAGCAGGUUACCCCUCUGGGGUCAGUCUGUGUUAGAUGGAUAUGGUAUGAGCAGGUUACCCUCUGGGGUCAGUCUGUGUUAGAUGGAUAUGGUAUGAGCAGGUUACCCCUCUGGGGUCAGUCUGUGUUAGAUGGAUAUGGUAUGAGCAGGUUACCCCUCUGGGGUCAGUCUGUGUUAGAUGGAUAUGGUAUGAGCAGGUUACCCCUCUGGGGUCAGUCUGUGUUAGAUGGAUAUGGUAUGAGCAGGUUACCCCUCUGGGGUCAGUCUGUGUUAGAUGGAUAUGGUAUGAGCAGGUUACCCCUCUGGGGUCAGUCUGUGUUAGAUGGAUAUGGUAUGAGCAGGUUACCCCUCUGGGGUCAGUCUGUGUUAGAUGGAUAUGGUAUGAGCAGGUUACCCCUCUGGGGUCAGUCUGUGUUAGAUGGAUAUGGUAUGAGCAGGUUACCCCUCUGGGGUCAGUCUGUGUUAGAUGGAUAUGGUAUGAGCAGGUUACCCCUCUGGGGUCAGUCUGUGUUAGAUGGAUAUGGUAUGAGCAGGUUACCCUCUGGGGUCAGUCUGUGUUAGAUGGAUAUGGUAUGAGCAGGUUACCCUCUGGGGUCAGUCUGUGUUAGAUGGAUAUGGUAUGAGCAGGUUACCCUCUGGGGUCAGUCUGUGUUAGAUGGAUAUGGUAUGAGCAGGUUACCCCUCUGGGGUCAGUCUGUGUUAGAUGGAUAUGGUAUGAGCAGGUUACCCCUCUGGGGUCAGUCUGUGUUAGAUGGAUAUGGUAUGAGCAGGUUACCCCUCUGGGGUCAGUCUGUGUUAGAUGGAUAUGGUAUGAGCAGGUUACCCCUCUGGGGUCAGUCUGUGUUAGAUGGAUAUGGUAUGAGCAGGUUACCCCUCUGGGGUCAGUCUGUGUUAGAUGGAUAUGGUAUGAGCAGGUUACCCCUCUGGGGUCAGUCUGUGUUAGAUGGAUAUGGUAUGAACAGGUUACCCCUCUGGGGUCAGUCUGUGUUAGAUGGAUAUGGUAUGAGCAGGUUACCCCUCUGGGGUCAGUCUGUGUUAGAUGGAUAUGGUAUGAGCAGGUUACCCUCUGGGGUCAGUCUGUGUUAGAUGGAUAUGGUGUGAGCAGGUUACCCCUCUGGGGUCAGUCUGUGUUAGAUGGAUAUGGUGUGAGCAGGUUACCCCUCUGGGGUCAGUCUGUGUUAGAUGGAUAUGGUAUGAGCAGGUUACCCCUCUGGGGUCAGUCUGUGUUAGAUGGAUAUGGUAUGAGCAGGUUACCACCCAGGGGUGUUAGAUGGAUAUGGUAUGAGCAGGUUACCCUCUGGGGUCAGUCUGUGUUAGAUGGAUAUGGUAUGAGCAGGUUACCCUCUGGGGUCAGUCUGUGUUAGAUGGAUAUGGUAUGAGCAGGUUACCACCCAGGGGUCAGUCUGUGUUAGAUGGAUAUGGUAUGAGCAGGUUACCCUCUGGGGUCAGUCUGUGUUAGAUGGAUAUGGUAUGAGCAGGUUAUCCCUUUGGGGUCAGUCUGUGUUAGAUGGAUAUGGUAUGAGCAGGUUACCACCCAGGGGUCAGUCUGUGUUAGAUGGAUAUGGUAUGAGCAGGUCACCCCUCUGGGGUCAGUCUGUGUUAGAUGGAUAUGGUAUGAGCAGGUUACCCUCUGGGGUCAGUCUGUUAGAUGGAUAUGGUAUGAGCAGGUUAUUCCUCUGGGGUCAGUCUGUGUUAGAUGGAUAUGGUAUGAGCAGGUUACCACCCAGGGGUCAGUCUGUGUUAGAUGGAUAUGGUAUGAGCAGGUCACCCCUCUGGGGUCAGUCUGUGUUAGAUGGAUAUGGUGUGAGCCAGUUACCCUUCAUGUUCCGUUUAGAUGUAUAUGGUAUGAGCAGAUCACCCCGUUCUCCUAAAACAGGGGUUCCAAACCUAGUCCUCAAGUACCCCUUACCUGUCUCUAAGAGUCCAGGCUGUGUAUACCAUAUAUCUGCAUCUUCCCUGGGUUUAUCAUAUUAACACACAGUGUGCUUCAUUAACCCAUAUGCUGCUAGAGGUCUUUGUAUUGAAAUAUGUCACUGUUUGAAAUGCCAGCUCUAUGCCUAUAACAGAUUCCCCAGCUGGUGCUUGAAUCGUUAAUAAUUGAAGGGUUUUUAAUGUGAUUUCUGCAGACACCAGAUGUGUGCACAUGUGAUGGCUAAUAUAAAGUUAGCUGUGGAUUAUAUUGUGCAAUUUAUUUGUAAUUCUAGUUCCACAUAAACUCUCAAUCGUUAUACAUAAAUAGAUUUAUAACGCUGAAGUGCUGUUGUCUCCUCAGCCUCCCCCUACUCCUGUAAAUAAAGGGUUAAGAUACCUGUAAUCCAGCAGGGAGAAGUCCCUCUCCACAGCACCUGAUGGGAGAAAAGUAUUGAUGAUCUUCCAGCCAAUCUGGUGCUUCUCUUGGAGAAGCAUUGCAGUUUUUUGAUACUGAUGCAUUGAAUCCAGAAACGUAGACGUCCACUUUGCACUUAGCAGAACGUUGUCAAGGAGUGCACUGUGCUAUAUCGGCACUUUAUAAAGAGCUACUUUCUGUUGAAAAUGGCAUAUUUAUAAAGUAGCAAGGAGACGCUCAACACCUGAAAAUGUCAAGGAACUGUCAUUUCUACUGCCGUGGCAGUGCUGCUUUAAUCAAGACCUUUUAUCUGAAAUUUCACAUAGACUAAUUUGCCAACUGCAGCAUAGGAAGGUGUUUACUGAAUAAGGUAGCACUGUUACAAUCUGAUUUAGAGUUUAAGGCAGCAUUGUGAAUGGAAAGCUCAAGAGCAGCAAUACCCAUGCUUCGCCAACCAAAUGCUUCUCAUAGAGACGCUCUGAAUCCAAUGCUUCUCUCUCAGAAAUAAGAGUUGCCUGUAUAGUACUGAAAGGAUAUUCGACUUCCUCAUGUAAGGUUUGUGAGGAUGUCGAACAGAGUUUGAUUCAGUUGUCAAUAAGUAAACACAGGGUGGCAGCCACUGCAGAUGUGUUUAGACCCACAAUGUAAACAUUGCUAGAAGGGAAUAGCAGGGUCACUGCACUCAGACCACUUAACUGAGAGAGUCCUCUGGGUGUGUAAAGUCUCCCUAUAUAGGGAAAGAAUGGGACAAUUAUUUCCUGUUUAAAAUGCAUUAUAAAGAUAAUUCAUUAAGAAAACAUACACUUCAAAAAAUAAAAAUGUUCCUUUUGUUUUUUAUUGGACUUCUUAAAGGACCAAUCUAGGCACCCAGACCACUUCAGCUUAAUGAAGUGGUCUGGGUGCCUGGUCCAGCUAGGGUUAACCUUUUUUUUUUUUUUUGUAUAAACAUAGCAGUUUCAGUUAAUUUGUUAAUUUUUUUCAGCAUUGCAUUUUUCAGGCAAUGUUGCAGUUAUCCAUGGACAGGCUUGUUCGUUAACUUUGUGUAAAAAAGUGACGGUUUUGCUUAUUGCGUCAGUGCAGCAUUAUAUGACUUGGUCACUAUGUAAAAGUGUCUGGCCGUAUGAACGAACAUGUGGUUUGGAAUUGUAAGCGAUUACACACUUGCUGAAUGAAUUGGAUUUUCUGACAAAUGAAGCAGUCAAGAGGAGGCUGUACGUAGGACAGUGAGUGACCAUGUUGCUGUGAAUUGCAAGCUCAGCACUCUUAGCUGGACACUGCAGUCCAACAGAUGGGUUCUCUGUCAGACAAUCUUUGACUCUUUCUGCAGCUGUGAGCUGAAGGAUAUUAUUUGUUUCUUUUCCACAAGGUUUGCUGGCCUUUUUUAAUGUUUUUUUUUUUCUUUUCUUUUCUUUAAUACUCUUGUAACUGUAGCACAAAAUAAAGAACGAUUGAUCUUGCUCAUCAAUUCCUUCCAUAGGGGGUAUGCGUGCGCCCUCAUGGCUCUGGCGUUUAUUACAUUUGCAUAAUAUGCUCUAGCUAAAACGUAGUUGGAAUUGGUCAAUUUGUAGUUCAACUUUAAAACACAUUGGGAGUUUUACGUUGAAUGUUACAGGUGUCAUUUUCACGAUUUAAACCUUAAAGAAUACUCUCUUUUAAGAAUAUUGGACAGUGGAAGGUAGAUCCAUUAUUCCUAGUUAGAACUGAGUGAUCCUGUGCUUUCCUUUGAGGGUAGUGGGAAUUUGAUUUUGGUGUGGGUUGUGUUUGUUUUGUCAAACCAUCUAGGAAAAAUGUUGACUGAGCUUUCCCCAGCUCUCAGGGUGCAGUGAUAUUGCAGAAUUUACACUUCCCUUUAUCGAUAUCAGAACCACCCAAAUGCUAAAAUCAGCUUGUAAAAUCUUCAGACCUCGGGCCUUUCCCUUUUUAUAACAGCACAGACUGAGCGAUCAGAGUAAUUUAAUCUGUGUGCUUUAGCUGUGAGCACAGUGUCCCAUUCAUAGACUUGUCCGUGAGCUGUAAUACUACUGUGAGGAUUUAUAAAAACGCAGAUUUUGAUUAAAAUUGGCACUUUUUAGGCGUGGGUUGGAAGCAGAGGAAGAUGGUGGCGUAAUUCUCGUGCUCCAUAAAUGCUCUGCACUUAUUCUCGCCAGAAGCACCUUUUCGGUACAAAAAUGGGCAAAACACAUCGAGCAUCGCAUGCCCCAGCCUAAGCAAGCAGACACCCCUAAGGGGCUCUACCUUGUUUGAAAGUACUUGCUUAGACCCUGACCCCCUGGCUCAUGGGAUCUCCUUUAUAUAUUCCAUGCUACAAACACAAACUCCUACUGUACAACCAAGCUUUAUGGGGAAGUGGGAGACUAUUCUUGAAUGUACUUUUGGGAAUGCAGAGUGGGAAAAAAUAUGCUAUCUCACACACCACUUCUACAGCUUUAGCAAAACGCAGGAGACCACAUACAAACUGUUCACCUUUUGGUACCGCACUCCCUCAAUGCUACACACGAUCACUCCGGAGCACUCCCAAUUAUGCUGGAGGUGCGGGGAAGAGAGAGGCACAAUACUCCACUUAUAGUGGGACUGCAAGAAGAUCCUCCCAUUCUGGAAUGGGACAUGUAAAAUGCUAGAGCUAUUCUCAGAAUGCCCACCCCCCUUCAAACCCGCAGAGAUGCUGUUACACCACGCUAAGGUCCCUAGAUGAUUAUAUCAAAAAAAUUAUCACGCCACGUAUCCUGAACGUAGCCAAAUUGGUAAUCCCACAAUACUGGAAACAAUCGGUGACUCCUCCAUUGACGUUUUGGUUCUCCCAAAUGGAAGAGCUCCGAUCAAUGGAGAACCUCCAUACUAGCGCAGCGGGCACACACCAAUCAUAUAUAAAUACAUGGUCACAAUGGCUGCUGUCUGCUACGAAAGCAGACUUUGCAGACAAACUACAGUACUGAAUGACAUUGACGAACUACUACCCUAUUUCCCGCAAUAUUGCACGACAGAGUACCCCAACGCUCCCACACCCACCCUUUACCUUGUCUUCCCCUUUAUUCAUUAUUCCUAAUGCUAGACCAAGGUUAAAUAUGGGCCGCUGGGACCCGCUUGAGAGCUCCUCUGUGAGGACUACCACAGAAUGGUAAACUGUGGAAAACCACCAUAAGAGAACUCUGAGACCCAAGGCAUGCUUGGUAACUGCAAUAAUAUGUAAUAUAAGAUACAGGACCUGCGAGUUCUCUGUUGAUUGGGGCAUUCAAGCCCACAUUGACUCAAACCUGAAAUUGCUUACUAUGUCCAUGCUGAUAAACAAUAAAAAAUAUAUUUACAAAAAAAAGGCACUUUCAUAAACUUUAAAGAAAAACAAAUAUAAAAAAAAAUAUGCUUUGUGUUAGCAAAGUUCCUUUAAGGAUCCAUGCAGGCAAUGGGGGAUUAAAUAUACAAGAACGAGGGUAGAAUUUCCACAGACUAGUGGGAAUUUGGAGCCUGCAUAAAAUAGAGGAACUGCACAUUGUAUCUGUUAUAUUGUAUUACUUCAUAACUAAAUCACUUAUUUUUUAUAGAUGUCACUCCUAUUAUUGGAAGCCCAAAAUAUAGUGAGAGUGCUGGGGGCUACUAUUACCAAGAAAACAGCAGCCUUUUGUCAGCAACAAGGAACAGGUUCAUACACUGGUGAGUAUGUUUUUAUGUGACACAGAUAUACAUGUGCCCUAUUUUAUCUUUCCUUAAAGGGACAUUAUUGGCAACUUAACCAGUUCAUUUCACUGAUGAGGUCAUGGUUAUGAUGCAGUAGUUCCCUGGUACUGUCCCACUGGUUAGUGAUAAGCGGUUUUUGAAUGGGUUAAUCAGGGCUUACAUUUUGAAGUGCUGUGAUGCUAGCUUUGUCUUAGUUACUUGCCACUGUAAGCCAUACAAUGAUCACCAGAGGUGAAUUUCUACUCGUUAGGGCUUCGUUUUUAGUCCACAGUGGCUACUGUUGAGUAGAAAUUUUGAACCCUAUACUAAAACUUGAAUGAGGCACCUGCCCUUCUAUGCCGAUUAUACUGUUACUUUAUUACCCUAGACAGCAUUGAUAAGCUGAGGGCAACAACUGAGCACUCUCAGCUAAUCACCGCUGCCCAUCUUUGGUAGAAUUGAAAUGGCUAAUGCUGAGUUACACUAUACCUUACCCAUACCUCUAGUUUUACAUAAAUAUGGUCAUCUGAGGGUCGUCAUUCAGUGUCAAACUGUUCAUUAUUCAUUUAAUAGCGAGACAGUACCUGGAGAGUGUAUGCACCAUAACCACUUUGAGAUGAAGUGCUAAUGGUGCCUAGAUUGUCAAUUUGUAUUGACCUUGCCUUACAUAGAAGACAGAUAUUGCCUUGUGCUUGUUAAAUUGCCAUGUAGUGUGUCUUGCUGUCACUGAAUCACCAAGUUUAUUUAUUUAAAUACUCACAAUACACAAUUUGUGAUCUCACAAUUCAUGUUUACACAAUCUUCAUUUACCAUCACAAAGGGCAUUGAACUUUAACUUUGCUGUUUUAGUUUAUAUUUAUAUUAAAGAUUUACAGGGUUAUCCACUAAAGGGAGAAUUGUCUGGAAUUCAAUCUAAGGCCAAAGUAGUUAAGCUGGGAGCACAGUUAACUUGGUGAAUGUUUCCAGAUUUGCUAUUUUGGCCUCAAAUUUGACAUUUUAUUUGCAUUAUGUGACAAUUCUCACUUGAGUGAAUAAACCAUGGUAACAACGACUUUGCCAUCAAGUUUAGUCCAGCACAGCUAGCUCACACAUGGCAAAUGAGGCAGAGAAAUAGAAACAUUGCUUCAUUUCUGCUCUUCUGCCUGCGUUCUCUGUGCUCACGGUUAGUGUCGGGAACAGCUCUUAUAGCAAUCCACAGGGACGUGACAUGGAAGCACCCCAUUGUAUUGAGAGGUGUGGAUUCCACAUUCAGACAUCAAAAAUAAAUAUUUGUUAAAUAUCAGGGAUAAGCAAUAUAUUGUUAAAAAUCUUGAAGUAACCGUCCCUUUAACCAUACCUGGAGUGUGAUGUGUAGUCCACGUGGCUACUUUCUUCUGCUCACUUGUAAUAUUCAAUGAAACUGAUUCCUUCAGUGUACAACCAAGCAGCUGUCAGACCGCAGAUAGCAUGCGCUAUCUUCUAUACGCUUUGUCUUCUAUAUUUUUACAGUUUCCUUGGAAAUUGUAGGCAAUUCAGCUUACAGUAUAUAUGGGGUCUUCUCCCAAUCUAUACAUUUGCUAGCACAAUGUAAAGGUACAAUUUAAUGCUCUUUAAAAAGAGUACCUGGUAUACACUUUCCAUGUUUGAUGUAAAAAUGAUCUUUUUGACCAUACUUGCAUGUGUUAUACUAUUGGCAUUAUUUGUAAAACAUUCAAGGUUAUCUGCAACAGGAACAAAUCAUUAAUUUUCACAUACUAAAUCCGAAUGGGAAAAACGGAGAUAAUUGCUGAUGUGGAAAAACUUUUUUACUUGGUCAUUACUACUUUUCUAUUUUUGUAUCGGUUUUGUACUUGGAUUUAGUUUACGAAAAUUCUCACCUUAAUGAAUAAUCUUGGUACAUUUAAAGAAGAUCUUAGAUAAUGAAAAUAUUUUGAUAAAUCCUAGGCAGCACCCCAAGGUUGGCAAAACAAUACACCUGCAAAUUGUAGCUUUGUAGCCUUUCCAAUUAUAUCCCUCAUACUGACAGUAAUAGGAUUCUAGAAAAAAGCAUUUGGUUCUAACUGCUGUUUCCCCUAAUUUAAAGGACUUGCCAUGAUGAUACAGUGGAGCUGGUGGAAGAGUCUCUGGAUAUUAAUCUCCUGAACAAUGCCAUCCGCCUUAAAAUUCUCAACUGCUGCAUGUUACCUGGAGGGGUGCAUGUCUGCGAAACAGACAACAAUGUGGUCAUUAUGAUUGCAACUAACCAGACGGUGCACAGGCUUGUCCUGCCACAUCCUUCUCGCAUGUACAGAAGUGUAAGUAGCCAUUUGGUUCUUAAUAUUAAUGGGGCACUCCAGGCUAGAGGAGACCCCUAAAACAAAAUGACGGUGGAGCGCUUAUUUAAAAACUAGGAUAAGUGAGAAUCUCUUUAGGCGUUCUAAACUUCAAUUUGAGGAAAAUUUUAAUACCUUUGAACAAAGAGAUAAAAUUACCAACAAUAGUGUAUAACUGUGUAAAUAAAUAUAAUAAAAAAAUGUGUGAUAAUUGCACACUCACACUUUAAAGAGCUAUAUACACUUGGCUCUAGUGGAAAACCGCUUUAGGGUCCGUUAAAGCGACCCGUCCCUUCUUUAUGGAGGAGGUCCUAAAUAUGGACUCAAAAGAAAGGUAGAUAUGGAGCAGUACAGUCACAAUGCUUGUCAUCACUCAAUAUAAAGACAAAUGGGUACUCACAAAGGCUCUAUAGGCAGCACAGUGUGUGGACCAAGGGCCACAAUACCUUCUUAACGAAACAGGAACGAAGAUAUCAGAACAUAAUAAAUAUUAUACAAGUAAUUUAUUAUUUCUAACCAUAAACAUUAAAACAUAAGUAUAAAAAUAUAUAUAUAUAUAUAUAUAUAUAUAAGCUAGAUACAACUCUCUCUGUUGCCUGGGCAAAUUAGGGCUUCAUCAGCUGGGCAAUCCUUAAUGAGUUCUAGCGUGCUCCGUCCUGCUUAUAUACCCCCUUUUAAUAGGGGGAUGAUAGUCUUCUGAUGUGAAAAACGUGCUCUUUCUCCCACUGCGCUGGGAGUGCGCUGCAUUCCAUGCAUCGUUAUCUUCCUAUUUGGGAGUUCCAUUCCGGUUUCCUUAUGCGUAUGCCUUACGUCACUUCUGAUUUCGUCAUUUCCCGUUACUGUGGAGACUUGUAUGCGUGCCAGCAGCCAUUUCCUUUCUGUUCCACUUCGAUGUCCAAUUGCGGAAGUGAUAUUUUAGUCAAUGUAUGCAUCCAUAAUCUGUAAGUCUCCAUAUAUGUGAAAUCGAGGGAACACAAAGAAAAAUAUUUACGUAUGUGACUAGUUUAUAGUGUGAUGAUUAAAAGAGUGAUUGAUUUAUAUCCCAAACAUCAAGAGUUACUGGGAAAAUAGAACGAGUGUUAGAUUUUCACCACAUAUGAAAAUAUUUUAAAAUAUUUAGAAACAAAAAUGUGCAUAAUUCACCUUAUAAGUGAUCACCAAAUAAAAAUUUGACUGUGAAUGUGAUCCAGCAGUCUCUAAAAUGGGGGAAUAAGACCCCCUGAAAUGAUGACCUCUUCUCUUUCAAAGAAGAUAUAGCAUCCUAAAAUAACCCUUCUUUUUAAAGGGGCAUACUAAACUGAUGUGCUUUAAAAUGUGAACUCUGUGAUGUAAAAAAAAGGUAGUUAUUGUUGGAUGAAAAAAAUCUGUAUCUAAUAUUCUUAUUAAAAAUCAUAACUUAAAAAGGGUUAGAAAAAAUAAAAAGAUGAAAAGGGGGAAAUAAAAUGCACUAGAAGGUUUAACCUUUCUUAUUUUUAUUUUUAAAAGGUGUCCUAAUUGCAAUGCCGUCAAAAACUGCAAUUGGAUAUACUUUAAAAACAUUAUGUAGGUUCUAUGAUAAAAAGAUUAUAUUGUGGAUAAAAAUGUCUGAGGUUCUAAGUUAAAAAGGGACAUAACUCAAAAUCUAGGCUAUAUGGAAUAAGGGUAUUUAAAUUAAAGAUCAUUUGCAUCUCGAUUUUGCUGAGUUUCUCAUCAAAAUCUCCUCUCCAGUCCCUUUCCACUUUUUUUUAAUUUUUUUUAAUAAUCUUUAUUGAUGGUCUUUAAGGUAAAUGGGAUACAGAAAAGAAGGGGUGGGGUACGGCACAGAAAAUCUGUUUCAAGCAAACAUCAGACUUGGCUUAGACAUUAAUUCUUCGAGCAAUUGUUGACGGGGAGCUUGCACAGAAGCCAUCGUCACUUGUUAGUUAUACAGUCCAAAUAUUUGUUUUGAGGGUUAGUGUGUGUCUCGGUGAGGUUUGUGUUGGUGUGUUCCGCCCCUAUCUGGGUCUCCUCAUCUCUAUGUCUAAGCCUUGGUUUGUGGUGCCUAGAACAUGGUGUAUAACUGGGGUGUACAACAGGUACCUGUAACAGAACUUUACCUUUUGCCUGGAAAUAUUUAUCACUAACCGAGACUAAUGAUACAAGGGAAUAUGCUUACCUGGUUCGGGUGGAUUAUUGUAGCACAGUUCGGGACUUUUGUUGCCAGUAUUCGUCUAUAUGUGCGACCCAUGCGGUAGGUACUCAGCAGGUACGAAUACAAACUACCGAAUAUCGGACCACCCUGCUAUUCAAUUGUGUGGUAUUUUACCUCCCAGACCGGCAUAUAACAUCCAUAUGAGAAAUGGAUAGAUCCUUUGUUUCAGGUCCUAGAUGGCCGCCAUUUCGGGACUUUUGCACGUGUUCGCGGCCAUCUUAGCGCACGAACGGCGGUGAUUUGCCGUCGAGUGUCGAACUAAAAUCGGACACUCGAGUAGGCGAACACCGCUGAAACCUCCAUAACACCGUAAAUUCGUGCUGAAACUACCGAACGCCCUGCCGUUCGGUAGAUAGGAUAUACUACUUACAGAGAUUCCAGCGACCAGCAAGGUAUGCACGGAUGGCCAGAUUUUCAUGCCUUUUCACCGACCGCAAGGCCACGAACGAGUACCGGCCGCAAGGCCAAAACGUAUGGAACUAUUUUCGGCUAGUGUGCCUAUGCGGUCGGUCAAAACUUUAAAGUCCCAUAACUCCCGAACACUUUAACCGAAUGGGAUGAUUUUUUAAUAUGUUGUUCCCCCAGAUGAGGGCUAUCUGGGGAUACUAGAUUUAAGGGUGUACCCCAAGUAUUUGGGGUACAUCCAAAACUAGGGUAAAAAUGUGUGUGUUAAUUAUGUUUACUGUUUAUCUGAGGGGAGGAGACGUGUGGGAUGUACCAUGUUUGUUAUUGGUUACUGUACUAAUUAUGUAGGUGUCGCCCUUCCAAGGGCAGAAUUGCAUAAAAGGAGAAUCUUUGUCAAUAAAACCUAGUUCUGCUUGACCCUUCAAAACGUAGCCUCGUCCUUGGAAGGGGAUUUACUGCAUAAUUACCUUGCUCCUUUUGACAGCUAUGCAUGACUCUACUCUUGGAUCUCGUGGAUGGGAAUAAGUAACUCCAUUACUAUACAGCAUUUUGCCAGGAAAAGGACGUCUCCAACGGCUGAUACCCCCUUACUACCUGGGUAGCCGUUACAGUACCUAACUCGACAGUUGUCAUUUUCUUGGUGGUUGGAGGGUGCUAGGGGGCUAGUUGUUGCAGGUGGAGCCUGUUUGCUACGUGAUUGAUGUGUUUCCAGGUGGUCGUUCUGGUCUGUUUUGGGUAGUGUCGCUUUCCCUUGUAAUCUGUAGCGGGGAAGCGAUGUGUUGCUGGAUUGGGUUUGUGUGUUCGACCUGUACUGUUAUGUUAUGGUUUCGUCCGGUCACAGUUACCUGUGCUGAGGUCACUUAGUAGUUUCAAAUAGUUCUGAUCGCGUAGGUACUUUUGUCUGGGGGUGCUUCCGCCCUUCCCUGGGGACGGUCUCUUUGGGUUUUGAGUUGUUUUCCGCCGUUUAUAGGUUAAUGGAAGAGCGACAAGACAGUGAGUUUAGGUAAGGUGAAAAGUCAACUGGGGGGAGAUAAAAUCAUAUUUACAGGUGAUGACAUAUCAUGGUGGGGGUGUUGGUUAUUUGGGUGUCUAGGGUGUACCCAUUGGCCACGGUGGGAGUCGGAUGGUUAUUGCCGGUCUCUGGUGUGAGGUUAGGGUGAGUGUGUUUGUUUAUGGGGGGGGGUAGUCCUGGUGUGUGGGUCUGUUUGCAAGAUGGUUGGGUACUCCCUCCCAUUUUCUUUGUGUGGUGGCUCUCAGUCCGGGCUCCUUUGUGGUCCGCAGCCGUGACCCGGACUGAUUUAACAAAGUUUCGUAGUUGGGUGGGAGUCUCUUCUGUCGUCAUUAUAGCCAAGGGGGUGUGGUCUGCUGGGAUGUUGGUGCUUUUGUGUGGUGUUUCGGGGUGGUUCUCGCUCCUAUAUAGUUGGUGUGAUUGUGGUCAUAGGGCGUGUGGGCAGGAGAUGGUAUUGUUCCAUCUUGUGGUCUUUUUUUUGUGUUUUAAUAAUUGUUCUCUAUCUAGUGUUUAUUUCUAUUCUGGGUUUUUCUACUUUGGUUUCUCGCCACAAAUUGUUGCUUUAUACGUAAUGAUUGUUCUUCAUAUGUUUGUAUAUCCGUGCAGCUACGUCUGAUUCUUAGGAAUUGUCCUUUUGGGGCAUUCUCUAGCCAUGGGGAAAAAUGGCAGCUUUCUCUAUCUAUAUAAAGCUGUGUGAAUCUACUGUCUUACAAUCGUUUAGUCUUGAUACUUUUGUUUUCCAUAUAAAUACAAAGAUCUAAAAAGUUCUUUCCGGCUCCAUUUACUAGUGAAUUUGAUGCCCCUAGUAUUGUCAUUUUAAAACAGUUAAAAAGUGUUUUUUAGUUGAUUUUCACUACCGUUCCAGAUAAAAAGGAUAUCGUCAAUAUAACGGCCAUAGGUGACCAAGUAUUGCUCCCUGUCCUUUUGGCCAUAUAUGAAAGAAGUUUCCCAAUAUGACACAGGUUGGCGUAACUAGAGGAGACCCCUAUUUGGUAAUGCAUUAAAAAAUAAAUGUUAAAACCAAUAAAUUGUAAUAAGCGAGGACUUUGUAUUGCAUAUCAUAUGUGCUUGCCCAGAGUGUGCACACUAAAAUCCAAAAAUAAAAAGUAACUUCAAUAACAGAAGUAAUAUAAUAAGUCAUCGAUAAUACGUUCUGUUUUUUUUUCUAUAUAUAUUAAUCUACGGUCCUGAAGUUUCAAUUAAGGACUUUUUUUCCUUCUCUUCCUCCUCUCAGGAAAUAAUUGCAGAUAGUCAGAUGCCGUCUGUAUUUACAGAUAUUAUGAGGGCGAAUGUUAGGGAUUCAUCUAAUAGUUAUGUGAUUCCGGCAGUCCCUGGGCGGGCUCAGAACUCAACUGCCUCUACAGCCUGGGUGAGCAGUGACGGGGAGGCCCUCUUCGCAGUUCCUUCUACAGCUGGUGGCAUUUUAAUUAUUAAGUUGCCACCUUAUGGAUCUGAUGGUAAAGUUGUUGUUUUUUCUACAUUAUAUUAGAUUUCUCUAAAUGUAUGGUCAUUUAAUUUACCUUUUGUGUUUCUUGUUAAAUGUAUUCUUCUUGAAUUGUAAGCUGCACAACAUCUUUGACAAUGUUUCCUAGGUGGGGUGACCAACGUCGAGCUGAAGCAAAGCUCGGUCAUGCAGCGAAUCCUGACUGGUUGGAUGCCUUCUUCAAUACGGUUAGUUUAGUGUGCCAGAGAGAAAAGACAGUACAUUAAUAGGAAAAAUCAGUUUAUACCAACUGCAUACUGUAUGUAUCAUUCAGGGCAAAAUUAGAAAGAAAAAAAUUAGGUGGUUGUGGAUUUCCAGGUAGCCAUGAUCUUCUAAUGAGUUACCAAAAACGAGUAAUUGGUUCAGACAGUGAUUUUUAUUUUUUUUACAUCAUGAUGUUGAAGUAGUGGAAAUUUUAGGUGCAUGUGCACAGACCUAUCGAUUUGUACUCGGUGACAAUAUGUUGCAAGAUAGUAAGCUUGUGUUCAGCAAACAUCACCACAAAUGAGAUCAGAGCCAAGUAAUUGAUGUGAAAAUGAAAAUCCGAUAUAACAAAUGGGUGGAAAAUACAAUACACGAGUAUGCGUAGAGUAGAUAAAACGAGCACCUGAGAGGUAGAGCAGGUGGAGUCUCUCUGUAGCGUAAAAGAAAUUGGAGUGUAAAGCAGGGCUGCCCAACAGGUAGAUCCCCAGAUGUUGUGGAAUUACAACUCCCAUGUUGCUUUGUCAUUCUAAAUGCAUUAUAAAGGCAUGCAAAGCUUCAUGGGAGUUGUAGUUCCACAACAUCUGGGAAUUUACCUGUUGGGCAGCCCUGGUGUAAAGGGUCUUCUUUUGUGGGGCCACUUACACAACCUCGGUCAAUAGACAUUAAUUGCGGGGGGUGGGGAGGAUAGACUCCCAAGUAGUAUUACACUAUGAGACUAGAGUAUAGUUACCAUUUAAGAUCUGUGCAUUUUUGUGUUUUAGAGGUGAUCAGGGCCCAGCUCACCUUCCUGUGAGCCUAGCAGUACAGUAUCUCGAGCAAGAUGCUCUCCUCUUCGCAUUGUGUCAAGAUCAUAAAUUACGCAUGUGGUCCUACAAGGUAAGAACAUGGCUCAGCUUUGCCUUCUACAUUUUACAAAAUGCCCAGUGAUGUUUUAAAUAAAAUCUUUAGAUUACUUAUAGUGUAAAAUGUAAAUAGCAAUUUUCAAUGGUGUUUAGUUACACAAACUUCUUUUGGCAUACAAUGGUUUAAGCUAGGGUUGAACGUAUGGUAGACCCCCAGAUGCUCUAGAAAAUCAAUUGCCAUAAGGCUUUACCAGUCUUUAGAAUGGCACAGCAUAAUUGGAGUUACAGUUGUACAGCAUCUGGGGUUCUACCGUUUGCUCAGCCCCAGUUUAAGCCUUUCCUCCUAUCUAUUCAAGAGUUAAAAAAAAAAAAAAAAAAGGCAACCUGACCUGUAAUCAAGCUUAAAAUAAUUUCCAAUGACCCAAAAAUGCAUGUGCAAGAGUAUACUUAAAGGCUGCCUUAUGUCUGCUGUACAAAAUUAGUUUAUAAAAUGAGGCACUUGACCCAGAAUAAAAAAAAAAAUCUGCAGAGAAUAUGAUAAACCAACCUCUAGAGUAUUCCACAACCUUUUUAUACUUAGUGUAAGGAGUCCACCCUCUGCUGUAGAGGGAAUCGCCUUCCAGAUUAAAUGGGUGUCUUUUUGUCCUUAUGUAUUAUGUUCACAAAGUUUUUCGUAGACAUGCAGGGUCAUUCACUAAGCUCAGAAUUUUCACAAAUUCAUUCUGAACAGCAAAACUGAGGCAAAAAUAACUAAUCGCUGACUAUAGUGGAGUUGCAGACUACAUCCAGUUUAGCUAUUUUUUUAUUUUAUUUUUUACCUCUGUCUUACCUUUGAGAAUUAAUUUGUAAAAAUUUGGAUCUGGGUGAAUUCCUGUGAUAGUCAUACAUGGCCACCUUCCACUAAAGGAAGGUUUGCCUAGGGUGGCCGAUGACAGGCUGAGAGUAUCCACUGUUGCUCUUAGUUGAUUAUUGGCUGCUCAUUGAAGGUAAUACCUACGUAUUACGUACAUACGUAAGACUCACAGCUGACGGCGCCCGUGAAUGUACAUCAGUGUUAAACCAUUUCUUAGUCAGCUUUCUUCUAUACUCAGGUGAAGCAUUACUGUUCCUUAAUUAAUAUCAUGUUUGUGUAUUCCAGGACCAGAUGUGUCUUAUGGUAGCUGACAUGCUGGACUUUGUGCCUGUCAGCAAGACUCUCCGCCAAACAGCUGGAAAUGGACAUAAGCUAAGGCUGGCUCACUCUACUGCCUUAGGACUUUACCUUGGAGUAUAUUUGCACGCACCCAGACAAGGACAGGUGUGUAUAGUGAUAGAGUUUAUGUUGGGUGUAUAGACAAUAUGUAAGAGUAAUAUGACUGGUAUUUACAUGUCUUAUCUCCUUGCAGUUCUCUGUGUUCCAGUUAGUAUGUGCUGAAAGCAAUCGUUACAGUCUAGAUCACAUCUCGUCAAUAUUCACAAACCAGGUGCAGUAAUUCUGAUUUUUAGAAAUGGUUUACCUAUAGUAAUAAUAUCCAAAACAAAAUGGAUUUUAACCAGGUGUCUUUUUACUUUAGUUUCUGCAGUGAAAGUAAAAAUUUAUAUUGUUGAAGUUCACUUUAAAAUAUAAUUGAGGUUAGUUGACGGCAUGGUACAUUCCAUGGCAAACUGCAUGUGUGUUAAGCUGAAAAAAUGGUUGGCUUGGGGGUUGAUGCACUUUAUUUUUAUUUUUCCUGAAAUGGCAUUAUCCAGAUCAUUUUGUAGUGAGCAUAAUAUCAAGAACUAGAGGUUUGCACUUUUUGGUGUCAUUCAUAUAUAUAGCAAGAAUUUACCUGUACAAAUAUCCGGUUUAAACUGGCGAUACUCUAUUUACAUGAAGAUAAUGACACCACGCUUUUCACAUAGGUGGUCUGUAAACAUUAUACUCCUCUUUUACCCUUAAACACCACAGUCAUAUUAAUUGUAUUCCACUAUCUAACUGGAGGAGACAUUGCAAGUAAUAGACGAAAGGGAAAAAUCUGUGCAAGUUAGUUUCAAAUAAGUGCUACAUUGUAUUGUCACUCCAAAUUCUGAAUUUACCAUUUUUAUUUUAGGAAACUCUGGUUGAUUUUACUUUCACUCUGACAUCUACUGACAUCUGGGCUUUGUGGCUCGAUGAAGAAAGUCAAACAAUUGUAAAACACAUUAAUUUCGAGCAGUAAGUGACGUUCACUUCGUUUUGUUUGUCUUGGUGUAUGUGAACAUUUCCUGAGUAAAGUUCUAUUCUAGCUGUCCAGACCUUUACAUUGUGGCUUACCAAGGCUUUGCGUUAACUCCAGCCUGAAUGGGAUUUCUUCUACUUACUUUGCCCCAUCAGAGAUUAAUAGGGGACCUGUCACUUCUCUGGAAAUUACACCUCUGAACAAUGACAAUAGUUUUAACCUUUCUUCAUGUAAUGCUCUGUUUUGUUUUAAAUUUAAAGAUUUUGCAAUUAGCAUCAUAGUUCAGUUCUGAUAUAGACAGUGCAUGAAUUUAAUUGAAGGAGGAUAACUGCUUUUCUCUGUUUACAAGCUAUGUUCAAUGAUAGAAAAAUGCAGAAAUUGCAACAAUGAUUGACAGGUUCUCUCAGGAUAGACCUAAAUACACCGUCAUAGAUUUCUGGAUUGUUUGGUUCCCCUUUAAUCCAGACAACUUGAUGUUGUGUGGCAUCAGUAUUUAGAAAUUUUUUGUAAAGGUAAUUAAUUUAUUUAUUUUUCUAGUAACCAAGCUGGUCAGUGGAACCAAGUUAUUACAAACCCCCUUCCGGAAGAAGAACUAAGCAUUGGAGAUGAGCAAGACCCAAGGGUGGGUUAAUAACUCUGCAUUAUAGAGUGGGCUUUUAUUAAGAUGUUAAGCUACAUUCUAAAACGGUCUUUUAUUGAAUCUAACAGGAAACCUACUUAGACUGUCUGUUUGCCCCAGGACGGUUUACUGUUGCUGCUCUGAUUAAAGCUAUACAGGUAAAUUGCAAUAUAAAUGGUGCUAAUAUAGAAUGAGACUGUUAUCAACAUAAACAAUGGUCAUAGAAUUGCAGUAGGGGGUAAAUUACUGUCUUUAUUCUGUAUUCUGAACUGUCAGAUUACAAUUUGCUUUAUGGGGAAGAGAUGGGGUGGGAACCAUGUGAUUGUAUCACAUUUUCACUUACAGGUGACAUUGCUGGAAUGUGCUGCACCCCCAUACACACACUGUACCUCCAUACACACACUGCCCCCACUGUACCUCCAUACACACACUGCCCCCACUGUACCCCCAUACACACACUGCCCCCACUGUACCUCAUACACACACUGCCCCACUGUACCCCCAUACACACACUGCCCCCACUGUACCCCAUACACACACUGCCCCCACUGUACUAUACACACUGCCCCCUGUACCACCAUACACCACUGCCCCCAUACACACACUGCCCCCUGUACUCCCAUACACACACUGCCCCCCUACCCCACACACACACUGCCCCCCUGUACUCCCAUACACACACUGCCCCCUGUACCCCAUACACACACUGCCCCCUGUACUCCCAUACACACACUGCCCCCUGUACCCCAUACACUGCCCCCUACUCCCAUACACACACUGCCCCCUGUACCUCCAUACACACACUGCCCCCACUGUACCUCCAUACACACACUGCCCCCACUGUACCCCCAUACACACACUGCCCCCACUGUACCCCCAUACACACACUGUACCCCCAUACACACACUGCCCCCACUGUACCCCCAUACACACACACUGGCCCAAUACAGUGUUCCCACUGCACUCCCAUGCACCCCUAGUUCAGACAACUGUAUAAGUUGUUUGUUCUAAACCUAAACCUCAGUAUUCAGGUUUAAUUGUCAUGUUGGCACUUUGAGGGAAAAAAGUUGGUUAGUAUUGUGGUUUGGACACUCUGGCUCAAAAAUGUUCGCAUUCACUGCCUUAGUGGAACUUCCAAAAAGAUGCUUUUAUUGUGUAGAUUUGGCGAAAUCGCUGAGCUCUGAAGCGCUUAAAAUAAAUAAAUAAAUAGCUGGCUGAAUCUGAAAUCGAUUUCUGUUCAGUUUCUAUAACAAACACUCAAACGUAGGUGAGCUACCACAGCACUACAUCUCUCACGAGUCAAACGUUUGAUGUUAUAUAAAAGAGAAGAGAAAAAGGUAAUAUAAUUAAAUACUAUAAAUUAAAAUUACAAAUGUCCAAAUUAAACACUCCAAAUAGGAAGCUAGACUUCUAAACGAAGCAGCAAACUGUUGAUAGCAGUUACUAGAUCAAACGCGACUUCGGAUCCAGUAGUAUAGAUAAAAAAGCAGAGAGAGGGACUCCAAUGGUACAGUAUGUAUAUAAGAAUUCUAUCAAGAUAUAUAGGAGGUAGAUAUUACUCACGUUUCCAAGAGCUAAAUCCAGCUCUAGUUUGUAGGGCGUAGAGUGGUAUGAUCCCCACUUCUGGGAUAUGUGUGGUAUUUCAAAACCUCCAAUGGUAUGGUAACAGGGGAGACCCCAACCGAAAAGAUAAAAAUUUCAACAAAUAUAGUGCUCGCUGUAGCUUUGAGACAAAUAGUGAAUAUUAGAAUAUAAAAAAUGUACUCUCAUUUAGCUGAGCAGGCUCACUGUUUGAUGUGUAGGGUGCUGGUGGUAUAAUCCCCACUUUGGAUUCUUUUAGUCCUCUUGAGAACAGUGGGAAAAGAUGUCAGGCAGUAAAAUAAAAUUAAAAUAAAAAAGGAAUAUGGCAAAUAUAUAAAAGUUUGCUGCUUCGUUUAUUAGUCUAUCUUCCUAUUUGGCGUGUUUAAUUUGGAAAUUUAUCAUUUUAAUUUAUUGUAUUUAAUUGUAUACACAGGCGCAACCUUUUCUCUUUUUUUAACUUUUAUCUGUAUUGUGGGGUUCGAGAGGGAGCCCCAUUUUUAUAGGUUUGCUGCCAUUUUCUGUGGCCUGUAAGCGUUGAUCCACUUUUUUUUUUGUUAAAUGUUGGGUAAAGCUAAGGGCAAUACAAUGUAUUGGAACUAAAUGUAAUCUGAUUCAAUGAGUGUCAGGAUAAUAAAAGCAUUGUCCGCAGAAACCUAUAUGUCAUUUUUUCCCCUCCAUCACCUUAAGAUUAUGCAAAGAACAGGAGGGCAGCUGCUGAAUAUGUCUUGGGAAGAGCUGAAAAAAGAGGUCACUUUUACUGUUGAAAAUGAGGUAAGUUGGUGACAUCAGUGGUUAGUCUUGACGUUGACGGGAGUCACGAGUAUGUUUAUAAUUAACAAAAUCCUAAAUGUAAUGGUAGGAUUCCAGAACACAGUGAUUUUGCAAUUAAACUGACACUGUAAGUAGUAAAAUUACUCCCAUCAUAAUGAAAGGGUUGAGGUUCAUAAAUUGUGUCCUUUUUAUCAAGAGAAAGUUAAACGUUUUAAUUUGUACAAUGACACUAGUGCCUGUCAGGCUUGUAGCCACAAGGUUUUUCAUCAUGUAGACCUUCAAAAUUGCAGGUUUUACCAGCAGACACUGUCUUGUUUGGCAAUUACCACACAUGUAGUGUUUAGUAGAUAAAACUUUGUUAACCAGUCUUGGGGGGAUUCACAGAGUAGUAAAUUGAAAAUCUCCUUACAAGAAUUGUAGUUGAGUGACUGAUUUUGAAAGUAAUCUCCAACUCUGCUACACUCACAGCCUGGUUAUUUUAGCCUCAUGUUUACAGUUUGGCAGAGAUAGAAAAUAAACCAAUCUUAAGGUGCUUUUGUUUCUGCAAACCUAAAAUGCAUUGACUGGAUGUGACGUUUUUCAUUCUAAAAUGUUGCUUGUUCUGUCUAGCUCCAUAGCAGCCUUUCAGUUUAUGAAAUGCCUGAGGAGGAAUUCCGUGAAUUACAAGUGGAGUACUGGUCUAAAUUCUACACCUGCUGCUUACAGUAUCAAGAAGCACUCUCUCGUCCCCUGGCACUCCUUGUGCAUCCUCAAACCACCAUGGUCUGCCUACUAAGAAAGGUAAACUAGAUUUUAAUUCAUAUCUGCUUCAUACUCUAAAACCAAAGCUUAAAGGAGAAACUGUUGUAAUUAUUUCCAUGUACAUUUAUAGCAAGCCUUGGGGUAUGAGCUGCACUGAAUUUUAUACAUUGUUUUUCUUUAGUUGAACGUAUGGGUAGAAGUUACCGAUACAAAAUUUUCACUAAUUACAUUAAAACAUACAUUGUCAUAUUUGAGGCAAAUGUCAUAGUUCCAAAGGUUUGGGUGUGAGCAGGAGUCUGAAAUCCUGCUUGCUGGAACUUUAUAGGACCACUGUAGGCACCCAGACCACUUCAGCUCAAUUAAGUGGUCUGGGUGCCAGUUCCCCGAAGUUUUAAUACUGCAGCUGAACGCAUCGCAGUUUCAGAGAAUCCGCUAUGUUUACACUGCAGGGUUAAUCCAGCCUCUUGUGGCUCUCUCCCUGACAGCCACUAGAGGCCGCUUCCGCGAUUUACACUGAGUAAAUCACUCAUUUGACGCUGGACAUCCUCACUGAGUCAAGUGUCAAAAAAGAUCUGCCUUGGAAAGCAUAGAGUAAUGCUUUCCUAUGGGCGGGUUCGAAUGCUCGAGCGCGACUCUGGCCGAGCUUGCGCAUUCGGCUCCACUCUGAAGCUGACAUCGGCACUGAGUUAAGGUAAGUGACUGAAGGCCCUUUAACCCCUUCAGCUCUGUGGGAGCUUAUAGUACCAGGAAAAGGGUUGGUUUCCCUGGCACUAUGGGAUCCCUUUAAGAGUUGGUUCCAAAGGAUAAGAGUCCAUCUUGCCAUGAGUAAGUGGCCUGAUUGCCAUGUAUUGAACUGUGUGGUGUAAAAAAGACAGAAUUAACCUUUGUGCAUUUGACACUAGAAUUACUAUAUACUUGCAAUUUGUAUUCCAUUUGCCCGUAAUCAUUUCUCCAGUACGAGGUGCUCAGUUGACACCCAACCUCCUUCAUGUGCCCUUCAGUUGCUAUGCUUCUCUCCACUAGCUAUCCCUCAAUUAAGUGCUAUGUGGGUCUGGUGCUCAGAUAGCAUAUAUCCAGUAUUAAACUACUGCUUUGUUUUUGGUUUUUUGUACUCCACCUAUUGGGACGGUUUUUAGUGUGAUUUUCAAACCUACACGUAAAAGAACACAUGGUAUCUCCUGUUAAAGUGAAUAAGCUCUGAUUGAAAAUAUGAUUAACAUGUGGGUAAGCCUUUUAAAUGGCUUAAUUUAUGAUUUUAUCCUCAUUCAGGGUUUUCUGUCGUUCCUGGCUCCAUAUCCAUUGGUCGAUCAUCUAUAUCUUUUACCCACUGAGAACCUGCUUCUUGAAGAUGAAAGUUUGAUCUCUGAUGGUGAGCAUGGAAGUGAUGUAAAGUUUAUCGCAUGGCAGUCUAGCUUCACAGGCUUCAACACAUCAACCUCUUCUACUGGUUUUCUAAUCUUUGAGUAUUGUGAUGGUACCAACAUUUUAUUUUCUUAGGUCUUUUCCCUUAUCCUUUUAUUUAGCAGGCAGCACUGAAAGUUGACUUCUUAGAUGGAGGGUAUUCAGGAUCCACAUGUAAAACAUUUCUACUGUAGAACACCCAGUGGUGUUACUUCUUACCUGUAGUUAUACAUGUUCCAUAAUCUCUCCAAUUUUAAAGCAGUUGGUUUUAAGUGUAAUUUUUGUUGCAUUAUUUUUACUAGUAGCAUUUUGUUUUGUACUAUUCAGAUAUGGACGUUGCCAACGAUACAAUCUGCCUGAUACAAUGUCUUCGGAUGAUUGGCGAUUACAUAUCUACAGAUAUGGCAUUUCUGAUGGAGAGUGCCUGCUGCCAACUGCAAGCCCCGGAGAGAGUCGCAGAGCAAAUCCUACAGGAUAUGAUCACCAAUGACAUGUAAGUAACGUGUAAUGUUUCAUUUUUAGUAAAGCUUGUUUUCCUCCAGACCAGUUUUCAUAAACUAAUUUGUUUUUGUUUACUUUGGGGCUUGGCAAAUUUCCCUAAUGUCUAGGUGCAAGGUCCAGGUUAGGAGCCAAAUGUUUUCAUAUGAUACGCACGGUCUUAGCCUUGCUCACAUAGACCUUUCCAGCCUCUCUCAAUACGUAAAUAAAUGCAAACACAUAAAGUUAAUCAGCCAGUCUCACACACACCUGCAAACUGUACAUACUCUUGCAUAUAUAUUAAUAUUUUAUAAUUUAUAUAGCGCCAGCAAAUUCCGUAGCGCUAUACAAUGGGUGGACUAACGGACACGCGAUUGUAACCAGACAAGUGGAUGCACAGGAACAGAUGGGUUGAGGGCCCUGCUCAAUGAGCUUACAUGCUAGAGGGAGUGCAGUAUAGUGAAACAAAGGGUAUAAGUAGGGAUAAUGAAACGCACCUAAUUGGCAACUUAUUCCCUCAUGCAGACAGGUAAUUAGAUUGCUGCAAUGGGAUGUGGCUACAUUUGUAAAGGGAGUAAUGGAAGCCAGAGAAUAAGCUAGUGGGAGUUCUGCUAGAAUUGCUUCCCAUGGUAUGAUAAAAUCAGUAAUGUUCUACCUCUGCAUGUGGACACUGUCAUCUGUGAAGAAACAUCGGCCUGCUGUAGUUAUGUUGCCAGGAGUAGGCUACUUAUUGUUGGAUAGUGCAAAACCGUUUUCAACCGGUUUGACAUUGACCUGGGUCCCCCAAGUUUCAAGCCCUCUCUUCAGAUAACACUAAAGCGGAAGUUCAUACUGCCACAAUGGUGACCUCAGUUCUGCCUGUCUUUGGCAGAGUUUGUUGAAAUUGUUGUAUUCCAUCCAAAUAAAGAAUAUCUAUAUUUCUAUAAAUGCGCUUUGGUAUUAUCUUAAGCUGGAGCCAUACCAUGAUGCCUAGUGAUCGAGGUAAAUGUCAAACUAUUUAAAAACUGUUUACUGUGGAAUGGCUCCAAGGGACUUCUCCUUAACCUUUUAGUGAUAGUGGUUAUGGUGCUUAGAUUACCCGUUUAAAAGGAACGCAGUCAUCAAAAUAUUAUUUCUUUAUAUGUUCUAGCGUCUUGAUGAUUUUUACUCCUGUAAAAUGCCUACCUUUCCCACUAUCCCUUUCUGAGAGCCAUCUUUGUCCACCUUCUGACUUUGUUCACUAUUUUGCACCCACAACUUGCUUUUAAAGAUCUCCUGACAUUGUUGCAAGCAGAACACAAUUUUGAAAAGCAAACGACAAUUGCAAAAUACUAAGAAUGAGGUCAGGUAAUUGACAAUCUGAUCUCACUGAAGAGAAAGGGGGGAUUCUUCAAAAAAUGUCAGUAUACAUGAAUUAAAGAAGACGUUAUAACAAAGAUGAUAUAAAGAUAUUUAAAAUGUUGAUGAGUGUUCCUUUAUAGAUGGCUGAGGCUCUCUCCUUCCUCCCCUCUAAUAUGAACAUUAGAUGCACAUUUAUAGUAAGGUCAAGGUCUGGCUGAAUUCCUGGAUUUCUCCAUUCCUGCUAGUGUUGCUAUUUGUUCCUUCAAACAAAUUAUGUAUUUUAAUGUAAAUUAUGUAUUUUAAGGAAGCCAUUAACAUGAACAUUAAUCUUGAUUUGCUAUUGUGUUUUUGUUCUAUUGUUGAACAGGGAAGACACUAUGGUGGACAUUCACAGUAAAGUUCAGGACAUCAGAAACCCAAUCCAAACCAUUAAUUACUUACUUCGAGAGAUGGAUUACGAAACUGGCAUUGAAAUGAACCAGUCAGACCUCGGUUUGUCGACUUUUUUUUUUCUUCUCUAUUUAACUAUGAAUUGUGCAAAAAGAUAUCAUUUUUUUUCUUCUUCUUUUAAAUCAAGCUCAAAAUGUAGUUUGUUGGUGUAGGUUUGCAGCUUUGGAAUUUCCUAUGUGGGAUGACUUGGGUCCUUUUAAGUUAUUUUUCUAGUUUCUCCACAAAGCAGAAAUAUGGAAAUAAUGUAACAAUAAAGGGGUAAGUUAGUUGUCCUAUAACCCUCAUGAACAGAGUUUAGGUUUUGGAAAUAACGACUUGGUAAACAGACCUGUUAAAGGGUUUUGUUUUUUUUGUUUUGGGGGGAGGGGUGGGAGCUUAUAUUUUUCUUAGCUUUGAGUUGGUCAUUAAUAACUAGCUCACCACUUUAAAAGUGCAAAUAAUGUUUUAAAUUUACCUGUAAUCCAGCAAAGAGUGAAGCUCUUGGCACUUAGGUCCAUUCCUGCACCUGGGAGCUCCAAUCAAAUGCUUCUCAGAGUAAUACCAUUUACCAGCUUAGAGCACAUGUGCGUGCUCUGAGCCAGGAAAAGAGCAGAUUUAAUAUGUUCUAAAAGAAAAAACGAUUUCAGCUAUGGAGUGAGGAGAGCGCAACGAUUCACCUUGCAGGGGAAGAGAUCUGUAAAUUUUGCUAGCUGUUUUGAGAGAUCCUUCCAAUGAAACAAUGCCUAAUUAAAUGUUUGCGUGUUUUCAUUGGGAUAUAUCUACUAAAUAGGAGUGUCCUAUCGAGGAAGUGGUUAAGGUUAGACACAUGGAGGGUCAUCCUACACAGUAGGCAACAUCCACGAGAGGGUGGAAUUUUUAUUUGUAGUCUGGAAUGAGGUACUGCACUGGUUUCAGACCAGUAAGGAAUUGAUCGCUUUUUAUCCUCAUAUGGAUAAAACUUUUCAAAGCAAAUAAUUAAAAGUAAGUUGUGGUGUUACAGUAACAGGAUUUCAGGAAUUCAAGAAGGUUCAGGCACUCAGCAAAGUGAAAAUUAACAGCUUUUUAAUGAAGCCUUAGAAAGGGCUACAUUUCUGUCUCCAUCCGGCUUGGUAAGGUCACAGACGGUGACUUAAACGUUGCCCUGCGUAAGACUUUGUUUGCUAGUAAUGGAAUAAAAGCAGGUUAAGCAGAAAGUAUUCCAACAAAAUACAUUCUUGGAGACUAGUAGGGUUAUUCACUAAAGUGAGAAUUAUGGGAGAUUUAAUUUAAAAUUUGAACCCACCGUAGCACUCAAUUAAAAAAAAAAUAUAUAUAACAAGUGAGAAUUGUCAGGUAUUCAAAGAGCAUUUAAAAUUUUAUACCAAAACUGCUGAAGCAUAGCUGAAAAAUGUUUCCAAUUCACUAUUUUGGUCCUAAAUUUGAGAUAUUUUGAAUUGUCAACAAUUCACACAUUAUUGAAAAACCCUGUAAGUUGGAACAGAAUAGGAUUAUGGGAAGGACAAUAGUGGAAAUAGCGUGCUAUUGAUGCAAUGUAUUUUAAGAUUUGCAUAUCCAGGCGGGAUAUAAUAAUAAACAGGAUCGUUUUAAGGGAACUACAAAGUACAGUUUAAAAGCAUGAAAUUGUAUCUUAAUUGGACAUUCCCAUGAUAUGCUUGGGUGAUGUACAGCAGGGGAUGUUGUAGGGAGUCUGGUAGUCUCCUUAUAAUAAUGUAACCACAAUUUGAUGUCAUUCAUUUUUUUUUUAAAUGUAUAGUAUGUUUUGUUUGAUUAUAGCUCAGACUGCGAACUUGAGAAUGAAUCUUGGUAAUCUCUAUGGAAGCACCACUGCUGCCAGCCUUGUGAGUCAGGCAGUUGGCAAAAUUGCCACAACAAGAUUCCUGAUUUGCCGCGACUUGCUGAUUCUAGAGUAUCUCUUGCUGAGGAUGGGAGAUGUUGUAAGUAAUUCAGACUUGGAAAACCUAGGAACACAGUCAAAGAAAAUUACAAUCAUACUGACACGAGAGGAGAAAUCCCUAUCCAUUGUUAAUGGCAUCAAACAUCAUUAAACACAUGUAUUUACACGCAUUUAUUAACACUUUAAGGGACUUGCAUCGAUUGAUUUGAUUUUUUUUUCCCACAAAUAUAUAUCCAGGCUUCAAAAUACUGCUUUAGCUCCUAAAACCAAAUAUUUGCUUCCAGAUUCUGUUUCUCUGUAAGAUUAUUUUACAUAAACAAUCUUGUUCUUUUCUACUAGGCUUUUGUUGGAGGAGGGCAGCUCCUUCAGUCUCAGCAAGACCUUAUACCCCGAACUUCUCACACCCUCUUGUCCUAUUACGUAAUUCGCUGGGGAUGCCAGUGUCUUGCUUCUACUGUGCCAGUUGAUGUAUUGUAAGUCUAAUUAUCCUUGUUUAGACUGGUAUCUUAUGACGUGAAGCUCUGUGUGUAUGUGUAUAUAGAUCAUUGUUUUUGUCAUGUGACUGUGACCAUACUUUACCUUGUUUUAUUUUCUUUACGACUGACAAUUAUCUUUAACAGUUGACCAGAAUAGUUUUAUUGCAUGGCUGAUUUGACCUAACUUUAAGUAUUCCUUUGUCAGUUCUUCACAUUCCUGAUUUGGUGAAUAAACCCCUUUGGGUGACAGUGUAUAUUCAGGUAUUCUCUAUUACCACAUGUCUUUUUUAUUUCUAUUGGCAAUUUAAGUUUUAAUUCAAUUAAAAAAAAUCCCUGAUUAGAAUGUGGGAUCUUAUUGACGUUCCAUAGGUCUUGGCAAAUGACAGCAUUUACUAUAAGUUUGUGAUGGCCCUCGUGACUCUACAUACAUCCACCGGUUUUGCAUUAAGAAUGUUUCUUUUCACGUUAAAGCUGUGAAAUGAUUUCAUGAACAUGACGUCAAAAUUAUCAUGCCUAAUUAAACAUGCAUCCUUUUUCCUACAGGGAGUCCAACUUACAGCAUUUAUCAGUCUUGAAGCUGUCUGAUACUCCAGCAUCUACUUCAGGAUGCACAUACAGUAUGUCUUGUGUGUGUCUGUAAUUUAUUUAUUUUAAAAGAAAGGAUGUGAUUUUAGUAUUACUUUUAAAAAGUAAUGUUUUGAUUUUCCCUUCUAGUUUCUGGUCCCCAAACCGUUGUGGAAUUAUUCUUCCAGGAUGUAGUUAGAAGGCGAAUAUCCCAGACCUUGGUGCGCUCUGGUGCUGUCCAGGCUCAGAAUCCUCUGAACUGGACCCAGAUCAUCACAGAUGUAACGGGUUAUCUUCUACAAAAUCUGUAUCCUUGUUCUUUUGCUUUGCACGUCAACAUUUGAAAUUUCAAGUAAUGCAAGAUACAGCUUGUAUGUCCUUUUUAUAAAUAGGGGAGUGUGUUGCUUUUUACAGUGUUUACAUUGAGUUGGGUAAUGGGAAAUGUUCAAGGGCAGAAUUUAAAAGCUUUCAAUUGAGUUAAGAAUGGGGCAGUGUUAUAUUAGUAGGUAAUUAUCUUGUUAUAUUUUUACACUUUUCUACUAGUUAGCGUUUGUUUUCAAGCUUGGUAUAGAUUUAGUAGACCAAUAUCUCACAUUAUUUAAUACAUUUUAAAUAUGUUGUCUGAAUUACUCAGGAUGUCUUAUUUGCUAAUGUAUCCAGCAAAUCACAUGUUUAACAGACCAGUGUUGUUGACCUGGCCUAUAAGGGUGCAUUUAUGUGCUUGUCCUUGCUCUGCUAAAGUGCAUUUCACCAGAACCUUUUCAAAUAUGUCUUGAUAUGUACAGUACUAGAUUUUAAAAAUGGUCUUCUUUAACGCUAAUUGUUAAUAGAUGGCCAAGUAAUCCCGGCUUCCUUUUCCCAGAGUUUUUGAUGAAAACCUGUCAGUACACACAGCUACAGGUGAGUUUAACACGCUGGAUCCUCUGACUCAGAUGUGAGCCUUAAGUACUCUUUACCUUUAUUUUAUUGUAUUGGGAUAAAGACUUAGUCCUGCAAAAAUGUAGACUGGUCCACCCAAGACAUAAGGCAAUAGAGGCAACUGUCCACAUAUUCUAGUCAUGCCCAGUUAUUAUCCUCCUGUGUGUUAAAAUCCAAACCUUUAGAGAUCUAAUACACAUAUACCUCCCAUUACAGCCUGAGAUUUACUUACUGCAUUUGUUUCUGGAUCAAGUGCAGGGAGCUCACAAACCUCUUAUUAUACAUAUAUUGCUGACUUCUAAGAUGUGCAUUGCUGGUGCUUGGAAAAACCCAAUCAGCUCUGGGCAUGCGAAAAAUACAGGGCCUGUAACCGCAGCCAGUUCCCUUAUUUACCACUAUAACGUCCUGAAGCACAGAACUUAGCAGGGCUAACCAUACAGAUAUAUUGGCUAUAAUAUUAUAUAGUUAGUAUGAGAUCCUCUGUUUAAAGGGACGCUAUAGUCACCAAAACAACUACAGCUCAAUGUAGUUUUUAUGGUGAGUAUAAUCAUUGCCUUCAGGCAUCUUCAUGCAAACAGUUGUUUUGUUUUUGUUUUUUUAAUAGAAAAGGCAGUAUUUACAUUGCCCCUAGGGACACCUCCAAGUGGCCACUUCUCAGAUGGCCACUGGUGGUGCUUCCUGGCUCAGUGCUGCACAGUAGGCAACUCUGCCGUUCAGCGUCUCCACGCUCUGCAUGUGGAUGCUGAAUUUGAUUCUAUACAUCUCUGAGGAGGUGCUGAUUGGCCAAAAUGGCGUUUGGCCCACCUCCUUGUCAAUUUUAGCCAAUUCAAUGCUUUCCUUAUAGGAAAGCAUUGGAUUGGCUAAAAAUCGCCAAUUCUGAUGUCACCAAGGGGGCGGGCCUGCGCCGGCAGACCCGCGCAGCACUGGAAAUAAGGUGAGUUUUUUUAAUUAACUUUUAAGUGGGCUGAGGGGGGCAAGCCACCUAAAUGGUGGGUAAAACACUAUAGGGUCAGGAAUACAUGUUUGUGUUCCUGACCCUAUAGUGUUCUUUUAAAAUAUAUAAAUAAUUGAGAAAACAUUCUAAAAUAAGGAUUGUCUUGGAAGCAAUAAAGUUUGUCUUUUUAGAUAUUAAAUAAAAAUAUAAACAUAUAAAAUCCAUUACAAUAAUUUAUAGCAGAGUUAUUUUAUACUAGAGAAAUCCACUGAUAUUGCAUGUGUCUGAUCUGAUUGAUUGCAGUCAGUAUACUAUAAUAGAGGGGAGAAAUUUGAAGACAGAAACGCUGCUCCAUCUUAUAAUGACAGAGGCAUGCUAACUCAUGGCUCAUAGACCAUCGGGUACAUUACGUAAAUUUGGAAAUAAUAUGGGCCCCAUGGAAGGCCCAUUACACUAAUUCACACCAUGCAAGAUGUAACCUGGGCGAUGUUGCUGGUUCCUGAUGUAAUAUUAAAAUGGAAAUAAAACAGAAGUCAGGAUUUAACGGUUACUUAUACAGUACAUAAAUUAAGUGGGGCAGGUGUAGUUUCACAAGUGGAUACUCCUGUUGAAGUGCAUUCAUUUCAUUUCACAAAAUGCACUUUUUAUGAUUACUGUUAUAUUUUCAUCGAGAAACUGGGUGUUGUGUGCACUUCACAUCACAUGUAACCCAAAUAGUUGAUGGUUUUCGCUGUUUUUCUCUAAAAAUAAUUUUAAAAAAAAUUAUUAAAUGUGAAGUUUUUGAUGUGUAUUGUUUCCAUAAAUAUUUCUUUCCCCUUCUAAGGAAUAUGUUCGUCUGCUUCAGCCAUGGUGCCAAGUCAAUUUGGGUUCUUGCUGCUUUAUGAUGGGGCAGUGUUAUCUGGUCACUGGAGAAGGACAGAAGGUGAGAAAUUACAUUGUAGGGAGAGAGCUGAGAAUAUUAUUUUAAAAACAAACUGUAUUUUCAAGUUGCCUCUUUAGUACUUUUCUUAUCCUGUUUUUUUAAUUAUUUGAUAUACGUAUAUUAAAAUGAUUGCUCAAGUUAAAGUAUGUCUUAAAGUUACCACUUGUUCUGUAAUGUAUUGCAUUGGUGCAGCGGCAUGUGGCACAAUGGACACACUAUCCCUGAAGCCAGACACAUCCUAACUGUACAGUUCCUAAAUCUUACACAUUUUAAGUGGAGGGAUCAAUGACCCCAUGUUAUACCUUUUCUGCAGGCGCUAGAAUGCUUCUCCCAGGCGGCUUCUGAGGUAGAGCGAGAGGAGUUCUUGGAGAGAUUAAUCAGUGUAGAAGAUGGAGAAGUUUCAUCUGUACAUCGUCUUCAGUAUUACAACAAAGUAAGGGAUCACACAUUGUGAAUAGGACAUGUGACUCCUUUAAAAACUGUUAAAGCAUCAUGGGGUUUUAGUUGUAAAACAGCUUGGGGCCAUCCCAUUGGCCACAUCUGUGAAUGUAUUUGAAACGGUUUACCCUUUAUCACUGUUAAUACCAAUGGAAGCAUUUGGGCAGCUCAAUCACAAUCUCAGCCUUAAGUAGUAAAGUAAAUGCUUGUUUCUAAAGUGCAUCAUUUGUGAAUCUCCUGAAUGUUUUGAUCAUGGAGCUGCAGAUUCUCCCUCCUUGUGUGUGACAGCGCCUCCCGACAUAUGAGGGGUAAUGUGACCGUAAGUAGGUAAAAGGAUUCUAGAUAAUUGCUUUGAGGAUUUUCUACUGUUACGGCACCCCCAGGCAUAAAAGGGUUAAACUGCCAUUUAGUAGAUCUUCCCUUCCAAAGACACAGGCACAGCUACUGCAGAACACCAAACUCCCGAACUGGAUACAAGGGAAUGCUCCAAACUCCCAAAUUGGAACCAUACGAAUAGCUGCUAGCAGACGAACAGGAAAAGCACCCAAGCGGCUUACACUCCUGGCAAUCCGUCUCUAACAGCAUACAGUAAAUUCCCCCAAAAACGAGACAAGGCUCCGUGUUGAGGAUCAAGCAGUGGUCUCGUUUAUUGAGGGCUAACUGCCCAGUAUUUAUGCAGGUCUCCCACCUGGUGGACACUCCCCUAGGGGACCAGAUUCAGAGACACGGAAGUAAAACAUCCCCACAAUGCAUUAUAAUUUCCCUCCCUCUAUCCUGGAGAUAAUAGGGAAGUAAUCCAAUUAUCUCCCAGGACAGAGGCAAAACUUCAUUAUACACGUGGGGACACAAAGACCGUAAAAUACUUUAAAAUAUACAAAGUUACAUUUUAUACAUAAAAUACAGACAUGUCAAAUAUCCCCAGAUAGCUGGGAUCUGAGCGCACAUAACUACCGAAUAGCGCUCAGAUCCUAUUCACACAGUUCAAUUGCCAUGGAGCCAAAGUCUUUAAUUACACGAAUAGGCUCCAUGGCAUAGCUAUCUGGGUUAAAACAUUCACUGACGUAAAGUCCCGAUCAAUUCAGCAUUCGGCUAAACUGCCACGAAUAGAAGCAGGGAAGGCUGGAGGCUCAGCGGUGCCUGCACGUAAAAGUGUCCGCUUUCAGUGCAUUGAUUCCGGGCUGAGCACCGCUGGCCGUCCGGGGAGCUCCAUAACACCGCCACCUAGCAGCCGCUAAGUGUAACCGCAGCCACCCAGUAACAGUCAAUUAAGCUGCGGUUAACCGCAGCUACUGGGUGGUCAAUUGAUGGCACAUGCUAGCUUCAGGGAGGUGAAUUGAAGGCACACGCCAGCUUCCCGGUGGUCGUGCCUUCUGUAUUUUGUUCAGUAGAUAAAAUCUACCGAACGCCCUGGCAGAAAGUAGAUCUAAAAAGUAUAGGAGCACCCUCAGCAAAUAAGAGGCUUCCAAUGCUCUUACUGUAAUGGGGAGAUUUAUUUGCAUACUGUUUUCUUCCAGGUGCUGUGUUUGCUGGAAGAUGUUGGCCUGCCAGAACUGGUGAUACAGUUUGCUAAUCUGGCAGUAGUUGAAGCUGGUGAUGACUGGAAAAGUCAGGUAGACAUUGACCCUUUCGCCCAUUACAGUGUGACCUUUCUAUAUGUUCUAAAAAAAAUAACUUGUUCUUCCACUAGGCCACGCUACGGACCCUCAUAUUCAAACACCUUUUAGACAUGGAAAACAAUUGCCAAGCAUAUGAUGCGUUGACUCAGAUACCAGACUCAAGCAGGUAAGACUAAAUAUGUUUAACACAUUCUAUGUAGAAUAUAUAUAUAUAACAGAGCUGGAGAAAUGGUAGAUCCUAGCCUUUGUAGAUGUACAACACUCAUGAUACAUUGUAGACAGAUCGUACACACACACUCUAAGCCAUUUGGCCUUCUGAUGCUAAUACAGUUUCAGCUACCCUGGAAAGUAAAGAUAAGACUGCCAGGGAUUAGCAAGCAGUAGGCCAACAAGUGGGGGCUAGCUGAAAUACUUUUCAUGACUGUUUAUAAAAGUGCCUCCCUGAUUCCGGUCCCUAAUUAUAAAAGUUUCGUCCUCUACCUGAUUUUAAAAGGUAAAUAAAAUGUCAGGCACGCUGUACUACAGCACCCCCAACCCCCACUCUUCUCAUUGAACUGUAUUACAGCUCAUUAAGAAUAGGAAAGCUGUGAUCAUGGGCAUGCUCAUGGCCCCAGCCUCCGAUUGGAUCAUUCCCCAGCACAGACUUUCAGUGGGAAGGGCUGGCAAAGGCUGCUGCAUACAUAGCAUGUGCAUAUGUAUGUAUAAUAUUUUUCUUGGUUAUAUAAUAGGGGUUCUGCAGUCCCAAUCUUGCUAUCCAGCCGAUUCAAGUCAUGUCAUGGACUGGAUCGCAAGAUUGGCUGCAGGGGGACUGCCUGAGUUGUCAGGUAGCCUCCUGAUCACAUCCGACAAGGAGGGAGUAUUUCAGACAGCCAGAGGACCCAAUUGCUAGGCCACCCUAAUUAGUUUAAAGCCCUCCUUUUGUAGGACAGCCAUAAAAUCAGGAAAGAGUUAAUGAAGCAGUUUUGGUGUAUACACCAUGCCCCUGAUGUCUCACUGUUCAAUUUUCUGCCCUUUAGAAGGUAAUUCACUUAGUUUAUACAGCCCUAGUCACACCUGCCUGCUUGUGACUUACGCAACCUUCCUAAACACUUCUUGUAAAGAGUUUUAAUGUUUAAACUUCCAUUAUUGUACAUUCUGUUUAAUUUAGAAUUCAUCUCUUGCUCUGGUAAUGGCAUUCUAGACCCCGCAGGAGCAUCCUGUGUGUGAGAUUAAAGUUCAAUUUACAGAGCAGGAGAUAAAGUAUAUAGUGUUAAACUGAACUUUUACCACUACAGGGUCAGGAAUACUAGUUUGUGUAGUAUACACUUUCUUUAAGAACACCCAAUAGUAAUCCAAGGAAGUGCUCGUUCCUCUGUUCCUUACCAUAUGAAGUUCUGUCCUCUACAAAUGUUAACUUGCCAGUUGUAUGAUAACAUUUUCUUUUCAGUUACUGCCACAUAAAAUGUUGCAAGUAAAUCAUGAUAUAUUUUUGGUUAUGUAGACAGUUGGAUUGUUUGCGGCAGCUGGUCAUAGUUUUGUGUGAACGCUACCAACUUCAAGACCUUGUAGAAUUUCCGUAUAUAAAUCUCCAAAAUGAAGUAAGUGUUAAUCCAAAUUUAAUGGCUGUGACCUGGCUUAACCACAAUAUGGGAAUGAUUUUAGGGUGGUACCUAGUUAUAUAUGGAUUUAUAGGUAUAUAUGACUGGGUAGCAGUGCUCUUUCGGUGUAUCUGAUGUCGUAAACCACAUUGAGGCUCAGAAGUAGAUCUGUGGGUUGUGCAGUUCUCUUCUGCAGUCAUUUAUGUUUGGGUCCUAAGCUCUCUGUUGACAGUGAGCCCUGAAAAUCUACCCUGGGGUUGGUAGUUUAUAUUACCAUCAACCACACACAUGCUGCUGAGUGAGAGGGUAACAGUCUUUUCUGUCUAUGGAGCAUCCAGGACCAGAGUCCCUUCUGGCUAGAGCUAUCUAGGAGCUGGACUAAUCACAGCUUGAAGCACAGCUCCCUGCAACAGCUUCAAACCACUGGACACCAGGGAAGAUAGCUCUACAAGUAAACCAGCAGAAUGAGGAUUCAUAGUAUAAAAGAAAUGUUUGGGGCCAAGUGACAUAUGAGGGGGGGGAGUGAGUUUUUGCAGUGAUGGAGGGGUAGAUGCCAUAAUUUUGUCUGUAAACCUAACUUUGGAUCCAAUGUCUCAGGUGGUCAGUAUCAUUGAAUCACGGGCUCGUUCUGUGGAUCUGACGACGCACAGUUACUAUGAACUCUUGUAUGCUUUUCAUAUUCAUCGGCAUAAUUAUCGCAAAGGUAUGUUACACUUCUGCAUAAUUUCCAUACUGGCCAUAGUUAGGGGCACAAAAAGUGAACGGAGCAUUGUCGUAGCUUGCUCUUUGUGUGUUAAAAUGUAUUUUUUGCCUCCUCCAGCUGGCACUAUAAUGUUUGAAUAUGGGAUGCGCCUUGGAAGGGAGGUUCGGACCCUAGAAGGACUGCAAGAGCAAGUGAAUUCUUAUCUGGCAUGUCUGAACUGUUUGCGCCUUAUUCGCCCCAAAUAUGCGUGGAUCGUUCAGCCUGCGUCAGGAUCUGUGGUAUGAAAUUGCAUUUCUUAAUCUUUCUUCACUCUGUCAAUAAUUUUACAAUAUUGUUUAAUACAGGUAUGUGUUAGAUCAAGCAUGUCAAACUCAAAGGCUAACACGGGCCUCAUAACAAGGUUUAAGUUUAUGUGGGCCGCAAAAAAUAAAAACUUUAUUAACGUAUAUUGAACAGUGUGUAUGGGAAGGCUGCCUGUGGCCUCUGUGCACUGUGUUUGUGGCGAAGCUAUAUUUUAUGACUUUGCGUGUUAAGAUUGUCUUCAGGGGUGACUGUGACAGGAUGAGUAAAGGAGUAACUGUGGCAGGGUGAGUUCGACAGGGCGAGUGAAUGAAUGAGACAGAGUUGGUGGUUAGCGUGGCAGAAUGAAGGAUGGUGAAUGUGACAUGGUUGGAGGAGGGAGUGUUACAGUGUGAGGGUAGGUAAGUGUGACAGGAUUAGGGGGUUAACGUGGCAGGGUGAAGGUGGCAAGGUUGGCGAAUCAGUAUAACGGUUGGGGUGAAUGUGGUAUGGUUAGAUGACUGUAACAGAGCAAGCGGAGGUGAAUGUGACAGGAUUAAGGAGGGUUAAUUGACAAGGUGAGUGUGGUACAGUUGGAGGAGGGAGUGUUACAGGACGAGAGGAGCAUGACCGGAUUGGGGGGUAUUUGACUGGGUCCAUGUGGCAUGGCAGGGGCAGGAUGAGUGUAACAGGAUUGGAGGGCUGAAGGUGACAGGGUGACUGUGAGAGGGUGAAGGCAAAGGAGUGUGAUCAUAUGAGUAAAGGUGAGUGAUAGGAUUUAGGGGGGUUUAUGUUAUAGUGUGAGUUCGACAUUGUUGGAGGGGAGAUGAGUGGGACCAGAUCAGGAGGGGUUAAUGUUAAGGUGACCAGGUGAAGGAGUUAGUGUGGGGGGGUGACUGGGAGUGUGGAGCAUGGGGGUUAUAUAUAAUGUAGAGGGGGGUGCAAAUAUAGUCAUUGUAGGCCGCAAGUUUGACGUGCUUGUGUUAGAUUGUGCAAUUACAUUAACUUCAUGAAGCAUUUUUUGAUUUAUUUUAAGAGCCUUUUGUAUGCCAGUCUGUGAUUCAUACUUCAACUCUGGUAUAAUGUAUUAAGGACUGGAGAAAGGGAUUUAAACAUAUGUGUAGUUGAUGUACUGCUAGAUUGAUAUGGUCAGAACCUGCUGCAAGUCCUCUUACGAGAUUCUAAGGAGAGGUUGGAGAAAAAUUAACGUGCAGAGCUGAUUGAUAAAAGUGAUCUGUUUUUAGUUUUCUUUCUUACUGUACUAUGUUUGCCACUUGCUUUGUAAAGCAUCAUACCUGCAUUAAGGACUAAAUAAUCUCAAACAGAAUCCAUAGGUCACCUUUAUCGAUCAUAAAGGAACACUAUGGGGUCAGAUACACAAACCUGUAUUACUGACCUUAUAGUGUUAAAAACACCAUUUAGGUGACUUGCCCCCCUUACCCUACUUAAAAGGUAAUAAAAUGUGCCUUAUUUCCAGGGCCGUGUGGGUUGUUGUUGUUUUUUUGUUUUUUACAAUCGCAAAUUCUGAAAAGAAUAUCUCACAGAGUUUCCCUCACAAACAGGUCAUGAGGAACUUGGCAAGCAAAUGCAGAAUCAAUCUAGAAGAAUUACUGAAAAAUCACAAAUUGCAGAAUUCUAGCACAAAAUAUUACAGACCCAAAAAUAAGACACCUUUCCUGACUUUGAUAAAUCUCCAUCUUAGUUUCAUAGUCUAAGACAGAGGUAGGCAAAAUUUGAUACUCCAGUUGUUGUGGACUGCAUCCCCCAUAAUGAUUUUACACCCAUGAUGCUGACAAAGCAUCAUGGGAGGUGUCAUCCAAAACAUCUGGAGUGCCGAAGGUUGCCUAUGCCUGGUCUAAGGUCUGCUUUGACUUCAUAUCAAGUAUGAUGAUUUAAGUGUUUUUUUUGGCUUUCUAAACAUUCAAUGUUAAAUAGAAAGGUAAAUUGUACUUAUUGAGGAUAUGUAUCUUUGUUUACUUAUAAUUAUACUUACUUUUCGAUAGCUGUUUACAUAUGCAUGUCUAAUUUUACAAUGCUCAUGUAGCCUGGUCAACUGUCUCACCAUAUUCUGGGCUGGAAAAUUGUAUGUAAUGUGAUCUGUUUAUUGACUUGUAACCAGUCUAUGUUCCUUUUUAAAGUAUGAACGUGCAGGAUCAUCCCCCAAAAGGAACCACGAUGGAGAACCUCCUGUUGUCCCUAGUAAGUUUGAGCUGAGGCCAUUUAUACCCACUUCUAAGUGUGUCUGUGUGUGUGUGUAUGCUACACACAAUAUUUGAUCAUACAUUGCAAUAGCCUGCCACAACGUCAACAUGUAUUAGUUGGGAUAUGGUUUCUCCUGGGACUCUCUGCAGUGCAAUAAUUAAAAAGGGCCCUGGAAUGAGGUGCCUGUGACGGGGAGGGAUGAAAAACAAAAUAUAAAAACAAACGUGUGUGUGUGUACUGUGCAUUUGGAGUCAAAUGGCAAUUCGUGAGUUGUGGGUGAUCAGCAACAGUAACCCAACCAAGCCAUUAUGCUAAGCAAUAAUUUAUCAAUUUUCCAUUGCAGUACACAAAACGCAUUUUUGCACCAUUUUAGUGUCUGAAUCUUGUUUGUUUUUUUUCUUUUUAAAUUAAUUGCAUGGACCAAAACAUCACAUGGACAAACUGUUCGUCUUAAAGGGAAAAAAAACUUUCAGAUGAAUCGGUUCAGACAAUUUAAAAAAAAAAUUUUUUUUAUAUAUAUAUAUAUAAAGAUUGGUGUUUGUUUUUCUUUCAAAUCAUACCAAGUCUCUUCUUUAAAAUAUAAUUUUAAUUUAACAGGAAGUAGCCAAAUUGAGAUUCUGGAGCUAAAGGACUUGGAGAAGGAGUAUGUUCUAUCUCAGACACGCCUCACUUUGGCACAGUGGGAUCAGAGUACUGCGGCUGUUGCAGGUUAGAGCUUGGAAACCUUCAGCGAUCUCUGUUAUAUCAUAUACAUCAGUAUACAUCAACUCAAAAACACUUCCUACGCUCCAAGCUGUUCUAUUACCUUAAUAUGUAAAUUAAUAUUUUACAUGAAUGCUUUUAUUUCCUUUUUUAUGGUUAUGCCACCUAGUGGUAGCUAGUUCAUCUGGUCUUAAACUAAAUGAUUCCUUUCUGUCCUGCAGGGAGAGCAUCGGCAGAGGAAAUGGUAUCUCUCCUGGUCCAGGCUGGUCUGUUUGACACCGCUAUUUUAAUCUGCCAGACCUAUAAUCUAUCUCUUACACCUAUUUUUGAAGGCCUUGCGUACAAGUAAGAGUAAUUAUGUUUUAAACAGAAGUUAAUUUGAGACUAAAAAUAAAUACUUCUGAAAAGCUUCAUACCAUUAAUUCCUUCCCUUAUCACCUUUAUGCUCAGGAACCAAUGGCUGACUGGUAUCCAAUCUCGUGUAUAUGUAACAGAUCUCAUUUUCUAGUUUAACAAAGAAACGUAAACUUUAUUUUCCCUUUUUCCAAAGGAAACUGGCCCCGUUUUGUAAAGCAUAACUUAGAGCAGCUCUGUGGAAAAUACUAAUUUUCAUGCAAUCACAGAGUUGUUCUGAAUUUGCCCAAUAAUUGCUUGUUUGCCCAUAAUAUAAACUACCCCAUGUUUAACCUCUUUCACCAUUAAAUUUGUGUUUAUCAAUAAUUGCUACUUCAGUUGCCUGGGAGGAGUGGACAUUGCCACUGGAGGGAACUUAAGGGUUAAACAGUUCAAGAACGGUUUAUCCCCUUGAGGUAUGAGUGCCUCCGGAGCCUCCUGGCACCAUCACAACUUAAUUUAGAUGAAGUUGUUUUGGUGCCUGCAGUGUCCCUUUAAGCAGCUGAUUAUAUGGCUGCUCUUGGCAUUAGAAGAAUUCUGCACCCGUUGUGUUUACCAUUUCUGAAUUCAUGUCCAUCUUUUACCUACCAGAUGCAUCAAAUUACAACACAGCGGAGAAUCUGCACAGACAGAAGCUUGGCAGUGGCUGGCAGCAAACGAACGGUCAUCAGUUAUCACGACCAAGGAGUCCAGGUAUUGUGUGAAUCUCUUGGAGCAUCUCACAGGUUGUAUCUUUUCCUGAUGGGCUAAUGUGAGAGUCUGGGUGUGCAGCAGACCUAUUAAAUAGUCUUGGUGUUUCCUAGUGCAACAGAUGAAGCCUGGCGCCUGAUGACUUCCUACUUGGAAAAAUAUGAAUCACAAAAUGGCCUGUACCAUCGCUGUGUCAUCAAUAAACUGCUGUCACAUGGCAUUCCUCUGCCCAACUGGUUAAUCAACAGCUACAAGGUAUACAUCUUCAUUAUUGCAAAUAACAUAUUCUAACUUUGCCCCCUUAUAAAAUAAGUACACAAUAUAUGCCAUAUUUUCUAAAUUGACAUUUUCCUAAAGGGUUUUAUAUGAUUGAUAACAAAACAUUACAAAUAUCGCAUCAUGUUUACAAAAACAAAUGUUCUUGGAAUAAUUAAGUAUAAGUAUGGAGUAUUUUAGCAUAGACUGGUAGGAGCAAGACAAAUUGUGGAAGGCCCAGGAAAAGAACAGAGCCAUAGGCAUCCCUGACAUUACCCACUACACACACACUCCCCAAACAAGCACAUCAUUUAUGGCUUUUUAACCACCAGUCUCCAAACCCAAAAAAAAAAUCCCAAUGUUUGCAGAAUUUGUUCAGGCCAUAAUAAAAUAUGAAAUUAAUCAGAUUCUUGUUUUAGGCAGUGGAUGCAGCUGAACUUCUUCGUCUUUACUUGAAGUAUGAUCUUCUAGAUGAAGCUUCAGAGCUUGUCUUGGAAUAUACAGACGCCCUUUUGGGAAAAGGUCACCAAUAUUUUAGCAUUGAAGUGAGUAUUUUUUGUUCUGGUUUACAUAAUUUUUUAAAUCCUUGAUAUGAUUGUCCUGGCUUUGCUACCUUUGUGCCUUGGAAGUGCUUCUGUUGAUAAUUUACCAUGCUACUGUAUUUAGAUAGAGCCUAAUGCUUUAACAAGUGAUUUACAUUCACAUUUAUUCCUCUUAUAGAAACCGCUAAGUGUUACAGCUCCAUUGGUAUGGCUUCCGUACUCUUCUAUAGAUCAUCUGCUGCAGGCUUUGUCAGAGAACAGAAACAAUCAACACAACACAGAUGUGAGUACAGCGGCUCCUGGGGUUCUAUCUACUUUGUAAUUACCCAACAUUGAAGAAGUCCGUGUGCCUUUUUAAGUGUCCCUUUAACAGAAUGCAACCCAAUAUUUCACAAGUAAAUCAAAAACUGAAUGGCUGUAGCAGUUACAACACUUCAUUAGCAAGAAGACCAAAAAUAUGGCAGAUAGCAAAAUUGUACCCAGAAUUCACUACUACAGACAUUUACAGCCACUUUUUCAACUUUGCCACAAUGAUGAAUUCUCGGCAUUCUGUGACGUGUGUGUGGUAUGGGCUUUGGGUUGGGUUUUGUGUAUCAAAAUAUAGCAAGAAUACAGAUACUUAUCCCUACUGUAUAAAGAUUAAUUUAGAAUAUGUAUAUACAAUGUUUAUAAAUAACUGUAAUGCUACAAAUAAGACAUCCUCAAUGCCUCUUUCUGCUUUGUCAACAGCUUCUGAACAAGAUUAACAGAAAGCUGGAUGAUUAUUUUCACAAACUUGAAGUUGCCACAAGGCUCCUUCCCUUAAGUCGCAGCUAACACAGAAUUCAACUUUAGAAAACCCAGGAAAGGAAUGACUGCCAGGGCCAGGCUGGAAACCUAUUUCUACUGUGUUCAUACUUUUAAUUGAACUCUGAAUUUAUAUGUUAUCACAAUUCGUUAUUUUUUGUAAAAAAAUCUAAUAAAUUUCAACGUAUUUUCUAUAAUGUCUUUCAAGUAUUUUAUGUCUAUACAAG